UUAUUAUAUACAUUAAUGUAGUCGUUAUUUUACACUUUUUUUUUUAUUCAAUAAAGUUUCUAUUUUAUUAUAACUAUUUUUAUUACAUAUCAAUAGGAUCGAUUCCAUCUAUAAGAUGUAUUAUAUAUGUAUGAAUGCAUUCUUUUUAUUAUACGUACGUUACCGGUACGAAAUACGCUGAUACGACACAAGCUCUUCCAAUAUUGGUACCACAAUCGCUCGUCCCAUGAUCAAAAUUCCGUCCAUCAAUGAUCGAUAUCUUCUCAAUGGUAUUGAUGUGUCUAUGCUGUUCUACGCCUUCCAGGCGGUGGUUGCCAACAACUUUUCUCGAGAACUGUCUGUGGAAAACAACGUUCAUCAUAUCUUAUCAAUGUCGUCUAUUUUACUGUUACAAAAGGAUCACUUCCACCCGGAUCUUCUAUCCAUCUUUGGCUGGGAUUUGUUGAACGCUAUUGUGAACGACAUGCAUAAAAAACUAAUUUUUUUUUUUAUGUAAAUAACCUCCCUUCUCCACCUACUUUGUGAGGAUGUCAAACUAU